AUGGUCAACAUUCCCAAGACGAGGAACACUUUCUGCAAGGGCAAGGACUGCCGUAGGCAUACCGCCCACAAGGUCACCCAGUACAAGACUGGCAAGGCCUCCCUUUUCGCCCAGGGUAAGCGUCGAUACGACCGUAAGCAGAGCGGUUAUGGUGGUCAGACCAAGCCCGUUUUCCACAAGAAGGCGAAGACCACGAAGAAGGUUGUGUUGCGAUUGGAGUGCGUGAAGUGCAAGACCAAGGCCCAGCUCGCCCUCAAGCGUUGCAAGCACUUCGAGCUCGGGGGUGACAAGAAGACGAAGGGUGCCGCUCUUGUGUUCUAA